UUGACCACUUGAGAAAAAGUCAUAUUGGUACCAGAUAUCGAUACACAUACCCUCCCUCUAUCGGGAGACAAACUCGACAACAUGCUAGCAUGAGACUCCUACAUCUUGCUUACGUUUAGCUCGUCUUUGCCUGUGGAGUAGCGGCGAAAAAGGGCGGGUCUCUACCUUGGUGGCAACUCUGCGACGCUCCGAGCAUUCGAAUCUCACUUCUAAGAACACCUGGCGUGGGAAACAGCCAACCUUCUAACAAUGACAGAGCCAGUGCUACUGCCGAUGAGCGAGUAUAUAGUCGGGGAUGAAGCCAUGGCGGAGCAGACUGCUGACGCCAUCCUGAAGCAGAUGGACGAGCAGUUGAUUGAGCUCAUUGGGGUAGACAGGUCUCAUCUCGUCGUGGAACCGGAACUGGAAGUUCAUGUCGAUGAAGCGCAACAUACGCCCAAAAUGAUCCAUCACAGCUCUCUUGAAACAUCAGCAGGGCUUUCCGACAUUACGUUUCCUUCCUCUCGGCACAUGCUGCUGGAUUAUCCCAUGGUACUGGACAAGCGACGGAACCCAGAGCUUACUGCACCCAUACACGUGACGAAACACUCUUCCGAUCGGGUAUCCUUGUCUUCCAUGUCCUCUGCAUUGCCUUCUCUGGCCAGAUGCGAAACCACGUUGUUGCUCGAAGAUGACGACGAUGAUGUAUCUCUGCUAGUUGAUGACGAAGAACCACCAUCUACCAUUCAAGUCACGUCAGGAAGGGAUUCUGUAACAACACGGAGCAUUCAAGAUGCAGUGGAUGCUAUCCGGGAAGAAGCAUCACGAGUAGAAGCAGCAUUGGCUAUUGACCAGGUUCAGACAAUGCAGAAUGAAUGUUUUUCCAUGAGGAAGCUGCUUCGGGCACAGGCAGAUCAAAUCGAGCAUCUGAAGAAAGAACUGAAACUGAAGGACGACAAACUGGCCAUGAUGGAACUUGAGCGUGAUUUAUUCAAGGCCGAUAUGGAUGCUCUUGAAAUAGAACGAAGAUUAGCUGCCGCCGACAGGGCUAGCACUGUAAAGCGCCAGGUUUUGGGCUCUCCAUUGAACUCCUCUGUCACUCAGUCGUCGAGUGGCGGGACCUUUCAGACAGCUGCCACUCAUCUUCAGCAACCGACAACAGAACGCACCAGCUUGGCUAGCACUCCUGAAACGGUUGAUUUGAGGUCCUUGGCAAAUCAAUGCAAGGGGAAGGCGACUCAAAUGGAGGAACUUGCCGCCCAGAUGAACGCCAAAGAAAGUACAGUGAAGCAAUCAACCAAGACUGUAUCUGAGGUAUCGGGUCGACGGAGCCGCACUCAGCUUGGGGAAAUUGGCAAUGUUUCUUGUCCAAGAGACAGCACAGGCCCUGCUUGCGUACCCUCGUCUUCAUCAAAGAAUCAACUCGAAAAGAAUGGUGACUCUCCUUAUUAUAAUCGCGAGAACGAGAAGCAAGAGACGACUGGUUCGAUUGUGCCAUCAGCAGCGUCAACGGAUUCUCGCAGCAGCAAGCCUUUUAGCGUGACAAGCGGUAAGAAUUUUUCUCCUCCUGGGUCAGCGUCGAUGGGAACUCGCACCUGUAAGCCUACCAGUGUGGGCAGCAGAAAGACGCUUUCAUCAUCCAUUGGGACGCCAUCUCGACAUAGUAAGCUUCUGAGUGUGAAAAGUGUAAGGAGGAUCUCCCUUCCAACAAAGAAAGAUGGGAUUGCCAAUGACUCGCAGGGUCCUUCAUAUACGAAGAAGGACUUAUCGGAAGGAACCCCCAAAGGAAACCGAUCUGCAAAAGACAAGAAAGCCUUCUCCAAAGAGUUCAGGCCAAUCCAACCUGGGCCCUCAAUGGUGACGAAACCUCAAGUUGUGGCAGCUCCUGUGCCACGAAAGGCGAAUUCGCCAUCUACACCACAAAUACAGUCGGAGAAGGAGGCCAAGGAGAACAAAACUGUGACAAAUCCCCCCAAGUCUCGUGAACGCAUUUGUCUCAUGCGCACAGUGGAAAAGACUGGGGCCUUUCCAACCCUUGGUAGUAAUGAGAAAACAUCCCUGACAUCCAGGAGUUCAGAGUCUGAGAGUUGCGCCAAUCAAAGCAAGUCAGGGAUCUCCGCAAUCUUUCGAAGACGAAAGGGAAACAAGAAAGAGUCUGUCAAGAGACCAUCUUGUGCGGAGAAGGCCCGCGAGAACAGAGACUCUCUGCAAACACAAGUGGAUGAACUGGCGCAGCGCCUAAAGAAUUCAGUGGAGGGCUCAGAAGAACUUCGAUUGAGACUAGCUAUGAUCAGUCGAUACUAUGAGUGCACAGUUCACCGGCUACACGAGAACAUUGUGUCUUUAAAGAAGGAGCAAGCUGCCAUGAAGGUCGGCUUGACGAAGCAAAUAAAGUCCAUUGAUCGCGAAAGGCUUUUAGCCAUCAAACGGAAUGAGCUUAUGGUGAAAGAGCAACAGAUUGCCAAGUUCCGCCGGCAAAAGAAGUAGAUAGUUUUUUUCAAAAGGGGCGGGGCUUUCAUCAGCACAUUUGUCUAUAGCAAGAAAAUUAGUACAAACGUCUCUUGUUGUUUCUGUUUGCUUUGCAACUGGGCCAAGCUAGCUAGCUAUCGCUGUACUAUGU